AUGCCUCUCACAAUCCUCUCCCGAUCCCAGCUCCGCGAGCUGCUGCAUGCGCUCUCGCGCGACGAGAUCGUGCAGCUGCAGCGCAAUCUUGCUGAGGCCUUACGAGAAUAUUCCACCGGAUCUCAAGAUAAAGGUUGCUCGGCGGCUUAUCAACCUCAGAGAACUGCCAUUACUCGUCAGAAUGGCUGCACCACUCUUUUCAUGCCCGCUAGCACGGGCCAUACAAUUGGCAUCAAGAUGAUUUCCCUGCAGGACGGGGCCGAUGCGGGCUGUGCAGUAGAGCGCGAGGAGGUUGAUGCCCAGGAGAAGGAACAUAUUGCCUCGCGCAGACGAGGUUCUUUCCGGAAUUCGGUAGCCUCAGUAGCCUCCGACUUGAGUGACCUUUCUGUGGGCUCCUCCCAAGGAGAGAAGGAUGACCAGGAAGAUCAGGAAGAUAAGGAGGAUACAACAAAUAGCGGGGCAGGAUCAAGCACAGACAGUUCCUUGCUACUCAAUGGCUGUGUCAAUCAGCAAAAUGUUACCUCCAACAUUUCCACAACUCUUGGCGCUUGGCCGGGUGCAGGAACUCGUGACACAUCACCCCGCGGCAGUGUGACACUGCUAGAUGGCGAGAGUUUGCCUUUCGCCUUGAUAAACGCCCAUGAGUUGACAGCGUUCCGCACGGCAUUGGCUUCGCUGAUGAUGUUCAAUAGGCGCAAGAAGGUGCGCACUCUCCUCGUGUUUGGAGCGGGUACCCAGGCUUAUUGGCAUAUCCGCUUGGCGCUGGUACUUCGCGGCGAGGACAUCCGUCGGGUGUACAUCGUGAACCGUUCAUUUGAACGUGCCGCCAAGCUUUUGCGCGACAUCUACCAGCCCGAGAAUACUGAAUGGCGCCGCGAUGUCAAGUUUUCAGCCGUCAGCAGUGAUUUCGGCGAGUACAGUCGCAUUUUGAAGGAUCAGGUGCGUAAGGCCGAUGCGAUCUUUUGCUGCACUCCAUCUCCGGAGCCACUUUUCCCUGCAGAAUACCUCAUUUCGGGCGAAGGGCGGCAAAAAGGUCGUUUGAUCUGUGCGAUUGGAUCAUACAAGGCACACAUGUCCGAGAUCCACCCGGAUAUCCUCCGCGAUGAGGUCAGUGUACAGCCCGCGCAUCGCCACUGGCACAAGCAUAUUCACCGUAGUGGUGUGAUUGUUGUGGAUAGUCUGGAUGCGGCCAUGAAAGAGGCGGGCGAGAUCAUCCAAGCCGGUAUCCAGCCGAAGCAGGUUGUCGAGUUGGGCGAGCUACUGAUGGUGCGCGAUGCCACUCGGGGUGCCGAGACCUUGGAUGAGGAAAAGAGCCUGCGUGAGUGGGCGCAGCGCGGUAAUGUCAUCUAUAAAUCGGUUGGCCUUGGACUGAUGGACCUCGUUACUGGCGGCGAUCUGGUGCGCUUAGCGCGGGAGCGGAAGCUUGGAACCACAGUGGAGGACUUUUAA